AGUGUGGAACCAAGCGAGCAAAAUGGUUUCUCAGGGGAUUCAGAUCAUUAGUAUAUCGUUGGCUGUGAUUGGCUGGUUCAUGGUCAUCGUGGUGUGCGUCUUGCCCAUGUGGAAGGUCACCGCUUUCAUCGGGGCCAACAUCAUUACGGCUCAGACCAUCUGGCAAGGCAUGUGGAUGAACUGUGUGGUGCAGAGUACAGGCCAGAUGCAGUGCAAGGUGUAUGACUCCAUGCUGGCUCUGCCUCAAGACCUGCAGGCCGCUCGUGCCAUGAUCAUCAUCUCCAUCCUGGCUGGAAUCUUUGGACUGAUCUUGUCAAUCGCUGGCGGGAAAUGCACCAACUGCAUCGAGGAGGAGCAAGCCAAGUCGAAGGCUUGCAUCAUGGCUGGAGUUUUGUUCAUCAUCUCGGGGUUGCUCUGUCUCAUUCCAGUCUCCUGGUCUGCCAACACCAUCGUCAGCAACUUCUACAACCCGCUGAUAAUCGAAGCCCAGAGGUAUGAGUUAGGAGCGUCGCUGUACAUCGGCUGGGCGGCUGCUGCACUGCUGCUGUUGGGAGGGGGGCUAAUGUGUUGGAACUGCCCUCCCACCAAUGUACACCCCCACUACCCAUCCAAAUUCACACCUGUGAAGUCAGCCUCCACAUCAAGAGAAUACGUAUAGGAUGGUUAGCACUUCUUAAAUGGACCUUUGAGGUCACAGGAAUUUAGAAGACUUGAGAGAAAUCU